UUUUGGUUGCAAUACAAUUUGAGUUUUGAUGAAAAACAGAGACUUGUAAUUGCUUUAUGCACUAGUUGCAUGACCAUAUCCUUUUUUCAUUCUUUUUCACUGUUCAAAUUUUUCUAUGAUUCCAAAACCACCUGAACCUCUUGUUUUAGAAGAUCUUAUUGAUACUAGUAAAUCGGAUGAUCCAACGGAACCGCUGCAUUCAAAACUAUCGCAUAAUGAAUGCAUUGAUAAUAAUAAUGCCGCAGAUGCUUAUUCAUGGGAAACAGGUUACAAUGCAACGUGGGAUUUAUUUGAAGAAAAGGAUGGUUUUCUGGACUUAUCUAGGUUUUUACAAUCUUCAGAGAAAACUAAACAAAUCUCUAGAGAAACGCUUUGUGAAAAGAACCCUACCGCGCAUCUUUUGAUAAGAAAGGGAACGUUAAGAAAUGUAGUUAUACUUUUGGAUGCUUCAGAAAGUAUGCAAGAAACAGAUUAUAAGCCUAAUCGAAUAUUUGCGGUUCUUUCUGCUAUUGAGGAAAUCCUUCCAAUUUUCUUUCGUUCUAAUCCUUUGUGUCGAGUGGGAUUCAUUAUUUUGUUACAUUCUCAAGGCGUUCCUAUUUGUUCGUUAAAUAAUUCUUUAGAAGAACUUUUGCAAUUUCUAAAGUUACUACGUGAGCGAGAUAUAGCUGGAGGUACCGUGUCUUUACUAAAUGGAUUUAAAAAAUGUGCUGCUAUGUUGUCGUCCACCCCCCCUUAUGCCACCAGAGAAGUUGUCGUUAUGUUCGGAAGUAUUAACUCUUGUGAUUCCGGAAAUAUUCAGUUAAUCCUAAAGAUGUUUGCAACUCAAGGCAUUCAAAUUAGUGUCAUUUCGCUAACACCUGAACUUUUUAUAUUACGUACUGCUUGCACGUUGACCGGAGGAAGCUACAGGGUGGUUAAAUCCCAAGACGAACUUAAGGAGUGUUUAAAAUGUAUUGAAAAUGCCCCCAACUGGACAAACCACGGUGAAACGCGCUUAGUGCCAAUGGGUUUCCCGAAGCCUCUUGAAACGACGAUUGCCACACUAUGUAUGUGUCAUAAUCGUGUCAGUUUAAAAGGAUACUUAUGUCCCCGUUGUCGUGGAAAAGUAUGCUCUGUGCCAACGAAAUGUGUUGUGUGCGACUUACACAUUGCAAGUUUUUUAAACAUCGCGCGAACAACUAAACACUACGCUCCCGUCCUUCGGCAUACUAAUUUGUCUUCUUUCGAAGCGGUUUGUUACAUGUGUGAAACCAAAAUUUGUUCAUCCGUUCAACAAUGUACAAGUUGUGAGAAUUAUUUUUGUCGUGCGUGCCAAGAUUGGCGAGUCUCAGUUUUACAACAGUGCCCCGGGUGUAUGGUCCCAAAACAAACAAUAGUUCCGUUAAAGGAUAUUUAGUCUUUAAAAAAAAUUUUGUUUAAUUAUUAUCUCCAUUCCGUUUCUUUUACUAGACUAACCAUAACAAGAUAGUAAACGUAAAGGGAAAAGCCAUCCUAACAAAGGAACAUAAUUACGAUUAUUAACGCAA